GACGUUUGGAUUUUAAAUGAUUUUAAUUUUACUAAAUAUUAUGAAAAAUAAUGGAAUUAUGAAAUUAUGAAAUCAGAAAAUUGAAAAUAUAUAUAAAAUGUCAUUAUGAAUUCUAAAUCUGGUCUCAGCUAUGUCAAUUCUUCCAACAUUGAUACAUUUGAUAACUUGAUAAAGGAAGCUUACACCCAACAUUAUAUAAAAAGUACUGAUAAUCCCAACGAAGAAAGAGAUAUAAUAAAUAGUAUUGAGGAAGUAUUUUUCCAAGAUCCAAACGUUUUUAAUGCUUGUAAAUAUAUCCUAGAAAAACAUUUUCAGAAUGAAAUAUCUAAUCUUGAUGAUAUAUAUGCAGAUAGAUCAAAAUUACGUUUCCAAUUGCAGAUACUAUCCAAGAAAAUAUCUGAUUCAAUCCUUCAAAAAAGCCUACUUUACUCUUCCGAGUUGAAAAAAGUUCAAAUUUUGCAAUCAGAACUCAAAAUUGCCAUUCAAAUAUCGAAGGAUUCCAGAAGCCAUAUCAAAUCUACCCUUGAUUCAUUGUCACAAUCAGCUUUGUUACUUCUAAAGAAUUGCAACAAGAUACGAAAUUGUAAAUCAGUCUUAAUCCAAUUGAAAAUGAUUCAACAACUGUAUCAAUCGGACGACUCUUUACGCGAUAAUUUGAGACAAAGGAAUUUUUAUUCUGCUAUCAAGCUCUGCCUAGAAUCGCGAAAAGAAAUAAUAAAAUAUAAUUAUUUCAAGUGUUUAAGCGAAUUGAAUAACAAGAUUCAAGAUACUCUCGACUUAAUAGAAGAACAGAUGGAUCAAUCUUUUGGUCGGACUACCACUUCCGAUAAAGUCCAAUGCGAAAAUUCCGAAAGUUCAAAGAUUUCCGUUGAUAUCAACGAAUUUGACGGUAUAAAAAAUGAUGCGUGGGCACCUAACGGAUUAUACGAACAACUAUUUAAAGCUCAAAAUUUGUUGGGCAAAAGCCAUACAGCCCUGGACCAACUCCACAUGCAUUACGCCACGGCCAUUCACAACCAUGCCCUGAACGUCGUAAAAUCUUACGUUUCGCUCGAUAUCGAACAGGAAGAUGAUUGUAAAUCGAAAGAGCGGCGAGAUAUCGCAAAUUAUCCUUCGAUCCCCAUCGAUCAAAUAUCUUCUCUUGCUCCAGAACCUGAAUCAUUGAAGACUAUAAUGAGACGGUCUCAAUAUCCAGAAUUGUGUGCGUGUGUUGGCAAGGAAUACAUAGUCCUUUGCUUGAUGGAUCUGCUCUACAGAUUUUUCGAUAUUCUAACCUGCUAUUACAAAACUAUAAAUUGGUACCGGAAUCAUUAUGCUCAAACCGAUGCUCCAAUAUCAAAUGUCCUGGAGGAGGAUUUCACUCGCAAUUACAUCUACCAAAAACUGAAGCAUGGCGUUCUUAGGGUAUGCCAAGACAUUCAACACAAGGUCAACGUAUACCUGACUAAGAUAAACCGUUUUAACGAUAUUUCCUUCGAAAAUUUUCUGCUAUAUCUUCAAGCUAUCAACAAAUUUGUUGAGGUAUGCAAAGAUUUUUCUGGAAUCGAUAUAUCUGAAACAUUAGAAGAGAGUAUAAAGCGUCAAAAUUUGAACUAUCUUCACUCUUUUCAUCAUUCUAAAGUCGACGAAAUAAAAAUGUUCUUAGAGAAUGAAAGCUGGACAAAUUGCCCUGUAAAACGUAGUUUCAAGCUAACCGACUUACAAGAAUUCGAUUUUAUGAAAAAAUCGAAGCAUUUAUUGCUCAUUCAAAUGAAAGACGAUUCUGGCACUGGAACGACGAAUAGAUCGACGGAAAAUCCAACCGAAUUAACCAACGUUUGUCUCGGAUUCGAUAAAUACUUGAAAGCGACCUCCUUAAAUCCUUUCCAAUCAGCUACGAGUCCUCAUCAAAACGAAUCAAAAAUCAUUUCCGGACCAAGAUCCCCCAAAAUUUAUUUUAAUAAUCUUACAAGGAAUAACGCGAAUAAAACAAAAUCGCUCGAAAUUGAAAAUUUUUCGGAAUACAAUCCUAAACCCUGCGAAUAUAUUAAUAAGGAAGAAUCAUCGUCCUCGUCAGAAAAUGAAAUGAUUUUACAGGUUGUAACCCCAAAUUUAGAUACCCUAAAUCUGGGAGAAAAUAGAAUGGUCGACCCUUCUUUCCUCUCCUCUUCUAAUAGUCGUAAGGAUAUAAUGGAGAGAAUAAAAGAUAAAUCUAAAAUCAAUAAAGGUCGGUUUUCUAAUAGGGAUAGCUUAGCGCCGAUGCUAACUAACUCAGCUUUGAAUAUAUUGCGUUUAUCUGGCAAAUAUUUUCGAAUAACUCACAUAUACCCUCAAAUAUCGGAGGAAAUCAACAAAUGCGUCUCCGAACUAUACGAUAUUUACCUCUACACCCUAUAUCAAAUCAUUAUAGGCAAAUUUCACUACCAAAUAGUCAGACAUUUGAUCAGCAACAGACUUAACGCGCGUAUAGCUCAAAUACAUGAACACAUAUUCGCUGACAAUAUUCAAUUUGAUUUCCCUAAAUCCUACAACCCAUUUCUAUCCCAAAUCGAUUCAUCUAAUUAUACCCACGAUAUUUCAAAUAGUGCCGGAGAUAUUAUUAACGUUCACAAUUCCUACCUUAACUCAAACUCCGCUGACAAAAAACUAUCAAUGCCCACUCAAAAUUCAGCUUUGACCACCGAAAUUGUAGCCGAAAUACCCAAUUGCGAAGGGGUAAGCAAUGGAUAUUCCUCAUACGAUCAAAAUAUUCUGAAUCAACUCUUAAUGGAUCAGAGUGUAUCCACCGAAUCUCUCAUUUACCUGGCCACGGCAUUAUUCGCUAAAAUGAACGGACACAUUAGCUUAAAUAGUAGCUCUGCUAGUAAAGCAAAUUAUCCCAAGGGCAUAAUAGCUAAUAACGACGUGGUAGUAUUGAUCCAAGAACCAAAUCAAGCUACCAUUGACCUUUCCCUGCCUUUCGAGCUGCAAAGAUUAGCAUGCUACAUAAUUAGCUUAUACGUCGUUAACUACAAUCAUAUCGUGGGCAUGAUAAUUAACGGAGCCAAAUGGGACAUCAAAGAACUGAUGUCUCAACACAAUACCUAUAUCAAUUACAUCAUCAAGUCCUUCAAAAACUUCUCGCUUCAGCUUUCGCUUAUUAAUAACGACCCAGAAAAGGUUUGCAUACCUAUCGAACUCAGGGAUUUACUUUGGCAAAAUCUCAUCAGCAUAACUUUUAGAACUAUCGUAGAUGGAUAUUCGUUGAUAAAAAAAUGCAGUAAUGAAGGAAGGGCACUAAUGCAGCUGGACUUACAACAUUUGCUCUUGUACAUUGACGAUAUUAUCAGCCUAAAACAUUUGCCUGAUAAAGAGUUUGUAGAAAAUUAUAUAAAGGCUUACUACUUACCCGAAUCCGAAAUUGAAGAAUGGAUAUCUAAUCAUCAAGAAUAUUCGGUCAAGCAUUUAAUUGCAUUAGUCAAUAACAUGAACCACCUAACUAAAAAAUUACGUACCCGUUUACUAGCAAAUCUUGAAGAAUCUUGAAAAUGUAUUCACAUGUUUUGUACAUAUAAAAUAACAAUUGCUAAUAUUUUGGACAAUUUAAAAUGACAGGAUUUAUUUAUAUAUAUA